ACAAUGGAGAUGGACUGAAAGGAAAGGGUGUAGUUAAGAGAGGAAAUUUCUCAUUGUGCUGCUUUGCUAUUUGCCAAAAUCAGCCAUUGGUUGUGUAGCUAUACGGAAACACACACAGCUUACUUCGCAGUGAAAGGGCUAUGGCAGGAAGGAAAUGAGGAGAGACAGACAGAAAAAAAGAGGCUGAGAGACAGAGAGACAGAGGGGAAAACAGCAGAUUAGGGUCACUGGGGGUUUCCACUGUGUAGGAUCAGAACAAAUCAUGAGAAGUAGGUAAGAGUGAGGAGGGGAAACACAUAGCCACAGACAGCAGAAAGAGAGUGGAGAUAUUCAGAAAAGGAGAAAGUUUGAAAGAGAUUGCACCUAAGUGAUGCGCUUUGAGCUGAGAUUGAUAACAUUACUGUCAUUUAAAAGGUUAGGAGCAGGUUUGGAGGAAGAGUAUAUACAGGAAGACAGUCAUUGCAGUCUUAAGCUUAGAUCCUGUACACGCCGGUGAAGGACUGUAAUCGAACGGGCAACAACUGGCUAAUAUGACCUGCACAAAGAGUACUAAAGAUGGGACAUGCUGUGAUCGCUGUGCUGCAGGAGAGUACAUGAAAGCUGAGUGUGACCGCACAAAGAGGACUGAGUGUGCCAAAUGUGAUUGUGGAUUCUACACAGCCACAAAAAAUAACUUGCUUAAUUGUCUGCCCUGCAUGGAGUGCAUUUCCCAGAAACACCAGAGGAAAGUAAAGGACUGUACAACUCAGGAGAACACAGUGUGUGAGUGUGUGGCUGGUUACUACUGUCACGAUGAUCAAUGUGACUACUGCCGGCAAGUGUCCCACUGCCCUCCUGGUGAAGGGGUCAAGGUUCCAGCCACGCGCAUGAAUGACACAAUCUGUCAUCCGUGUGGAGACAAGACCUACAGCAACGUAACCGAUUUCUUCUCGCCCUGUCAAACACACACCAGAUGUGAGGACUUGGGAAGACUGUUGAAAACUCCAGGAACCCGAACAACUGAUGCCAUCUGUGGCAACUUUAAAUCUCUAGAUUUUCCCUGGAUGUUACCCGCAGGCCUGUGGUCAGGACUCGUGUUGACUGCACUCGUCCUUUUUGGUCUUGUCUGCUGGAGGGCAAAACGCAAGUCAAACAAAGCAGCCAGCUCCAAUGUUCCCGUUACUCUGGUUGAAAUGCUUCCAGCAACACCGAUCACUUCGCUGGAUCUGCCUUUACCGUUCACAGAGCUCAACGGUCACUGCCAAGAGAACUGCAUCGUGGAGUGCUACAAGUUGCCGCUUUUUAACAAAGAUGAUAAUGUGGUCAGUGGCGUCACACAAGACAGCAUGGACAGCUUCCUUCCUAAAACUCCACUGAAGCCUUCGGUUUCAUUUGCUGAAUCCAGCCACACCAAUGGAAGUGCCGGAUACUGCACCAGCAACUUCCUCAGGAGCCACUCGGAGCCACAGGAGGACGAGUGGUGUGGGACAUAAUUAAGUAGACGUUGGUGUAACAGUAUAUUGAUGAAGCUCAGAGUCCCGCUCCAGUUUGGGGAUGCUGCAACUAGUUUUCAAACCUCAAGCUGGACCUAUUUAUACCCAAAAAAACAAAGACUAAGGUAUGUCUUACCUAGAAGAGAUGAAGAUGGCUGGUGGUUUGCUACCCCCUGCAGGACUUUAACAAGAGGUUCCGCUCAAGUGAUGUGAUAUUUCUGUAAAACAUUUACAAUAAAGCAAACAGCUAGAAGGUAUUUUUCCAAACACUGA